AUGGAGUGUGACACAUUCCCCGCCACGCAAUACAGCACCAGCGACGCCACGUCGUUUGCCCACACAUCAGCGCGCUCGCGAUGGCCCAUCAUCAUAACACAAGGCAUUGAUGACGUUCAUCGCUCGUUGCACAGCACCAAGGAUGAGGCAGCCAUCAGUCAGGGCAAACACAUUGUUUCCGAACUAGCCAAGCUCAAGUACGAACUGCAACACGACCGCGAGCUGACGCCUAUCCCCGAUGAUGGCGAACCUGACGUCAAGGCAUACAAUGAGGAACUAGCCACCAGAGGCAAUCCCAAAUGGCACAAUGUGCCCUGGCUUUAUGCCGAGUGCUAUUUGUACCGACGCAUAUCGAGCAUCUUCAAACAGAGUGACAAAUGGCGCUCAUAUGACAUCUUCGCUCGCCAGAAAAUGGCUACUUUCAAGUCCUCCCGUCCUGCCGUUCUCGAACUCGCCGCGCGCUACAAGGACAUUGUCACCGAGCUGGAGCAGAAAAAGACUAUUAGCGGCGCACACACCCAGGAGCAGCUUGAGGCCGCCGAAAAGCUUCUCUUCACUGAGAUGUGUGAGAUCUGUCUCUGGGGCAACGCAACGGAUCUUUCGCUCUUAACGAAUCUAUCUUACGAAGACAUUCAAAAGCUGCAAGGCUCCGAGGCGCGCAAGAACUCAGAGAAGAACAUCUUGGUCAACGACCUGGAUAAGGCCUUCAAGGUGCUAUCUGCCGCACAAAAGGGGGAUAAGAGAGAUAGGCGUGUUGACAUCGUCCUCGAUAAUGCCGGCUUUGAACUUUUCGUCGACCUGAUCCUGGCCGGUUACCUCAUCGCCUCUGGCCUCGCCACAAAUGUUGUUUUCCAUCCCAAAUCCAUUCCCUGGUUCGUCUCAGAUGUAUUGCCGGCCGACUUUAGUGCCCUUCUGUCCGCACUGGCCGACCCACAUACCUUCUACGAAUCGCUAUCCGACGAUGAGAAGCACAAUGGAAAGGAGGUUGUACCUCUCUCACAAACCGAAAGCUCCAACCUGAAAUUUUUGUUCCAGCACUGGAGUACCAUGCAUGCCGAGGGCCAGUUAAUGCUGCGACCCAACGACUUCUGGACUGCAGCUGGAAGCUACUGGCGGCUUCCCAAGACAGAACCGGAGCUUUACCAAGACCUCAAGGAGAGCGAGCUGGUCAUCUUCAAGGGAGAUUUGAAUUACCGGAAGCUGACUGCUGAUGCUGCCUGGCCCGUUACAACACCUUUCACCGAGGCCAUUGGACCUAUGGGCCCCGGCUCAGGACUCCGUGUGCUUGCGCUCCGUACGUGCAAAGCUGACGUGGUGGUUGGAUUGUCAGAAGGUAAAGACGAGCGACUCAGAGCUAUGGAGGGUGGUGGAGGAGACAGCGGAGCACGGAAGUGGGCAUGGAGUGGCAAGUGGGCUGUCGUGCAGUUUUCAGAUGGUAAAUUAUAA